AGUGGAUUUUCUAACCCCAUGUGGUUUUUGGUGGCAACAAAAGUUACCGAGUGCUGAAAAACUUUCAAAUAAAAGUUGAACCCACAAAACAGUUGAUUGGUUUUUCGAAAGCUUAUACAACUGGUUUUAAACAGAUUAAUUUGAAUAUAUUUCCUUUUGUUAAUUUUUGACUUUAUCUCCCAAUUUUGCACAAAAAGUUGCACCCCUGGUAUUCAGUGUUGAAAAACGGCCACUCUUGGAUGACAGCUGUUCUUUAUUGUGAUAGUCAGCUAUUCAUAAAAAAAAUCAGGAAGACACAUUUAUUUCGCUGCUAGAAACUUGAACCUUAACCAUUUACAAGCAGUUUUAAAUUAUUAUUUUCAAGUACUUUUGUAGUUUAAUGGUAAUAGUUUCUUGAUUUCGAGAUUCCCCGUUAGAAUGUCCCUGCAAACGGGCUUGGUUUUCAUUUUCACCAUAUUAGCCUCUGUUAGUAUCGUCGCAGCAAUUAUUUUGUUGGGCUGGUUCCUCAUCUGGAAGGCGUUUCUAUCGAAAUUUCGUCUGGUACGGGAAUUGUUGGGUCAGGAGGAGCCAGAGGAGCAGCAGCCACUCGCUUGGGAUCACCAGAAUCAGCAGCACCAUCUUCAGCAACAGCAGGGCCGGGCUAGGAAAGCUCGCCGAGAUUAGAA